AACAUGGUGAAGUGUCGCUUGGUGGAGGACACGGCUCAAAGGGGAAGAAAGAGAAGAAGGAGAAAAAGGACCUAAUGUCCAAAAUACUCCCAAUGAUGGUGAUGCCUUUCCUCAUCUCCUCUUCAAUGAUCCCCUUGGUUCUGACCUCUCUCAAGUUCAUGCUGAUAAAGAGCAUGUUCGUUGGUAAAAUUGCCAUCCUCUUGAUCGCCAUAAACGCCUUCUGGAAGUCAGAAAACCGAGGAGGAGUCUACAGUCACAACAUCAACCUGCAGAAGGAAGAAAAGGACCUCUACUCCGCGCAUUACGGCUACAGCGGAGACGAAGAGUACGGAGCUUACGUGAACAGAAGACGAUCCGGUAGGCGAUGA